AUAUUUUCUUCGAAGAAGACGGUCUCUUGAUAAUUUGCGAUUGCCGGUUAGUUCCGUUGGAUUCUUUUAGAACGAUCGUGUGCGUUUCCUGUGGUGACCGUUUGGUGUGUGACUGACGACUGUAUGGAGUGAGCCAUUAUGGUUUUAAUGAAACGCAAAAGCAAGGCGUCCGCUGAACCGGAUAAAGAUUAUAUAUUGCAGAAGCCGGCAAAGAAGCGGAACUUUGACGAGGAGAUUCUCAGUGAAUCGGACUCGGAAGAUGAGUUCGAUAAAGCGAAAGAUGUUGAAAGCAGUGAAGAAGAAGGCGACGAGGAAACUGCGCAAGAAAAACGAAUCCGACUCGCGCAAGAAUAUGUCAACCGGAUGCGCGAUCAAGAUAUUGACAGGGAACUUGACGAAGUCUCGAAAAAUGAAGUUAUUGUUCACCGCUUGCGCGACGAACAACUGGAACUUGCCGGUAAGCUAAAGAAGCCCAUCGCCGACUUGAUAAACCCAGAUGGAGCCGUUGAAGCGUUGGAGUUGAAGUGCAAAGCGCAAAAAUCGCCGAUAACUUGCGUCUGCGUUUCAAAUGACAAAAAAUUUGUUUUCGCCGAUGAUGUCAAUGAAAAGUCUCUUCGUGGUAUCAUCAAAUACGGGAAAGUACAAGACCAAAAGAAGCCCACGGGACAUUCCGCGAGCGUUCUUUCACUUGCUUUGUCAGACGAUUUUAAGCAUCUUGUCUCUGGCUCGAGUGAUGGGCAGAUACUAGUAUGGAAUCCUGAAACAUUGGAAUUCAUCUCUGUAUUACGAGGGCAUAAAGGCGCGGUGAAUGGGUUAGCUAUUCGGAAAGGAACCGGGGAGCAUUUGUAUUCUGCCGCGAGUGACAAGACUGUCAAGGUGUGGAGUUUGGUGGAAAUGUCAUACAUCGAAACGCUAUUUGGUCACAUGGAUUCUAUUUCGGCUAUCGAUUCUCUCCGGAAAGAACGUGCAAUAACAGCCGGAGGCCGAGACAGUACUAUCCGAAUAUGGAAAAUUCCGGAGGAAUCGCAGCUUGUGUUUAAUGCGGAGGAAGGAAGUUGUGUUGAUGUGGUUUGCCUGAUGAAUGACCAGCAUUUUGUCUCUGGUGAUGAUCACGGAACAGUGUCAUAUUGGAAUGUACAGCGAAAAAAGGCGUGCUUCAGUGUGCGGGCUGCCCAUGGUUGCGAUGAACUCACUGGAAAUCCUUGUUGGAUUACCGCAAUAGCUGGUGUGCACAACUCGGAUGUUUUUGCGACAGGAUCAUGGAACGGAACUGUUUUACUAUGGCGAAUAGAUGAAGAGAAACGGAGGUUCGAAAAGCUGUUGGAGUAUCAAGUUCCUGGCGUUGUUAAUGCCUUGGAGUUCAUGAAGGACGGAGUCAAAUUGAUCGCGGGAGUUGGAAAAGAAACACGACUAGGACGUUGGAAAACUGUUCCUAAAACGUUGGUGCUGUACGUGUUUUGCGUUAUGGGCUGUUGUUACAGCAGCGAUACGUCAUCGGAAACGAAUCCAGAGUACAGUGAGAGAUCGCAUCUUCUAGCAAACCCGAUCAGCAACAGCAUCCCUGCGAGCUCUGCUUUUUUGCGAGAGGAGACGACGAAUAGGCAUUCGACUUCGCUACCAAAGCGUGACGAUGAGCAGUCGGUACUGAAUAGAAUAUUGGACGAAACAGCCAAGAACAUUAUUGACGUUUCAGUCAUGGAGAACCACACUAUCGAACAGAACGAGUAUAUGGAGCGCUCCAAGCAGUAUCAAAUUAAACUACAAGGCUUGACUAUGACCUCUAGGCCGGGCAAAAAAGUUCUAGGGCUCUCACUACCGAAACAAAUUCAGGAUAUGCCAUUUGAAGAUAUUGCUUCUGUGGAGAAAGUCCUGUCCGCCAUGCCUAUUUCUACAGCUGAUGAAAACAUGAUGGUUAACCUGACUUGGGAAUUGGACGAGGCUGUGGGCUGCAUCAAAGUUGAGAAGCACAAAGAUCUCGUGGAAUCCUCAAAGCCGUCGAAAAAUGGGAAAUUCAUUUCUUGGGAAUGUCCUACUAGAAUUCUCAAUCGACCUCCCUGCUUGAGUUUCCGAACAGUGCGCGCGAGUGGUUUUGUAGUGGACCACGGCAGCGUUGGAAACGUCGGCAGUUUUUCAUCCGCCGCGGCUUCGUCUGACAUUGCCACGAUGGAAAUCGUUUUAUUGGCUAUUUCGGCUGUGGUCGUCAUAGCCGGAUUCGUUUACUUCGUUUCUGUGCGAUUGAUCCCGCAAGAUUCUUACGACGAUAUCAUGGCUGAGAAACGGCGUAGAUUGGAGGAGGACGACAAGUCUAGGACUGACAAAUUGAAAGAAAAGAAACUAGGGAAGAAGAAGAAGAAAGCCCCGAAAGAUUCCACUGAAGCUGUCGUUGAAAAGGAUAUGGAUUCGGAACACUCGUUGCCAAAUUCUCAGAGUGAAGCCAUCCCGUCUUCGCCGGAACAAUCUCCUGUUGCAUCCAAAAAGGUCGUGAAAGCCGUCAGCCAACGUUUGGAAGUCGCCCCGGAACCGGAAGUCGAGGUUCUGGAGCAGCCGAUCAUUGCUGUUUCUGCCGUAACUUCGGCGGCGCCUCUGAAGUCCGCUCCUCCGUCGAAGCUGGACAUCGGAGAACCCCACGCGCGCAAGAAGCGCGUCGCCCCGAAAAUCGAGGCUACCGUCGUUCCUGAGGUCAAGGAAAGUGAAGCUCAAACUUCGUUGGACCCAACUCCGGCUUCUACUCCGGUCGACUCCUCCUCACCUACUCCUCCCGAUCCUAGCUCUCCGCAAUCUGCCGCGGCACUCAUCAAGAAGAAAGCGAAGUUGAAGAAGCUUUCAGGUCCGAGUGAAGGUGUCGUGAACUAUGCGGCUGUGCUUCGAAAAGCCCCACUUAGUGAUGAUAGUAUCCAACAGCUCAUCGAGAUUUUGCUGAACAAGCAGCAAAAUGCUACACCGGACGCUGAAUGGAUACAGGUGUCGGAAAAUUCUGCUGCUGCUGCUCAUCCCGCAUAUCCUAGUCCCAAAAUUAACACAGAUGUCGUGCCUGAUCGAACCGAAACACAUGGACGAACCGAUUCCAUUCCGGCGUUGAAGAAGCAGCUUGAAGAUAAAGAAGUAGCUUUAACUAAUGCUGAGAAAUUGAGCAAAGAUGCGACGGAAACGGUUCGUAAGCUUCGAAAUGAGCUUAUUGCGGCUCAAAGUAAGGUCUCAACGGCCGAGAAAGUUCUUCGAGAGCAGACUCAAAAGUUGCAGCAGGACAGAACUGCUCUCAUGAAGGAAAACCAAAAGGAACGCGAUAGGAUUGCUGCUGAAGCAUCGAAUUACGAAUCUAGGAUUCAGCAGGAUGCGACCAUUGCGCUGAAUGAACUCCGCGGUCAACUUCGAGAUCUGCAGCGAAAUUACGAAGCGCAGAUAGCUUUAACUCAACAGCACAAAGAAAAUCUGGAGGAAGUGUCCUCAGAGUUCCACCGAGUUGGUGAAGCCCAUCGGGUUGCCGUCGAUGAGCUGACGAAAGUCAAACAAGAAAUACUGAAGUUGAACGACGAAUUGGCCUGCGUGUCACGCGAUGGCAAAUCGAAGAUGGAUGCUGCCCUAGAAAAUCAUCAUCAUGAGAUUAGUCGGGUGCAACAAGAGAGGGAUGCAGCUCAAGCUGCCCUUCAGAAGGUUGAAGAGAAACUUAGCGAGUCCCAAAAAUCAGGUGAUAAUUCCGCGAAGGUUCUCGCGGACAAAGCGGAAGUGGAGGCCAAUCUCCGUAGUGCUCGAGAAGAAUGCGAAACGUUGAAGCAAUCGCUUCGGGCUGUGGAGGAAUCGAAAACUCUGGAAGUUUCGCGUCUUGAACACGAGUUGGGUGAAGUAAACGCUCGUCUCAUUGUGGCACAAAACGAAGCCAAGGCUUCGGAAGCCGUGAAAAAUGAAGACACGACUGACCAGUCGAGCUCUUCUGCUGAGAGAAUCAAAGAACUGGAAAAGGCUUUGGAGGAUGAACGGACGUCUCGGCUGCAAGAGUCUCAGUCUUCAGAGCGUACUGCUGAUGAACUCAGAACCAAGUUGCAACAAGCGGAAGCUAAAGCAGAUUAUGUUUCGCCCUAUGAUCGUUUCCGUGCAAUGUCCCGAACGAAAUAA